UGAGCCUCACUGAGUCUUCUUGACGUUUGCUCCACCUCCUCCGCCCUGAAGCUCCGUCACCGCGCCGAGGAGGAGGCAGAUUCUCCAGAGCAAGCGAGCGCACAGGAGGUGGACUGAACCCCCCCGAGGAGAAGAAGCGACGAUGGCUGAAAACAAGAUGGGCCCGAACCUCCAGGCAGGAGCUGGAUUCCUCGCCAAACGAGUCCAGAAGUCUCUGAAUCGAGCUCAGGAGAAGGUCCUCCAGAAACUGGGCAAAACCAUGGAGACCAAAGACGAACAGUUUGAGCAGUGUUUCACGAGCCUCAACAAGCAGCAGGUCGAUGGAGUCAGGUUGUUCAAAGACGUCAAAGCCUACCACGCAGCAGUGAAAGCUGUGCAUGAGACGUCCAAGCGGCUGUCCCAGACGUUGCAGGACAUCUAUGAGUCAGACUGGAACGGCGUGGAGGACCUGGCUGUCAUCACCGAGAGUGAAGACCUGCUGAGGAACGACUAUGAAGAGAAACUGAGUGACCAGAUUGUCCGCACAAUGGAGAACUACACAAGCCAGUUCCCGGAGGUCAAGGAGCGAGUUGCUAAACGCGGACGCAAGCUUGUGGACUACGACUCAGCACGUCACCACCUGGAGGCGCUGCAGAGUGCCAAGAAAAAGGAUGACGCCAAAAUAGCAAAGGCAGAAGAGGAGUUUAACAAGACCCAGAGCGUCUUUGAAGAGAUAAAUAACGAGAUGAGGGAGGAACUGCCUGUUCUCUAUCAGAGCCGUAUAGGUUGCUACGUGACAGUGUUCCAAAACGUAUCAAACCUGAGAGACGUCUUCUACAAGGAAAUGAGUGUGCUGAACCGUGAGCUUUACAAUGUGAUGAAAAAACUGGAGACUCAACACUCAGGGAAAGCUUUCAUCAUCAAGGGCCUGAACAGUACGGCAGGCAAGUCGAGGAAGAGAAAAUCCCUGGUUAUCUCCAAUCCCAUCCCCUGCAAUACUGCGUUCCCAGCUGACCAUGUCUCCCUACGCCCCACCACCGAAAACGGAAAAGACGGCGAGCCCUCCUCCCCCACUGCUCCACAGACCCAAAGCAACUCUGAAGAAACCAGCCCACCAGAAGAGGGCAGCGUCUCCUCCAAAGACAUCAACUCGUCAGACUCAGAUCUCAGCUCCAGCGGCACCAACACACCCCACAGGCAGUCGGUGUGUGAAAAUGAGAACAGUGACCGGAGCACAGGGGGUCACAGCCUGGAGGAGGUGGAGGAGCAGGAGGUGGCUGAAGCAGAAGCAGAGCUCGCUGGGAACCAGUCGGACGACUCGGGAGUGGGAGUGCCAAAGUUGGAGGCGGUGAGCCAGGAGGUGUCCAAUCCCUCUGAUUCUGCAGACAGCGAUGCCUCACCCACUCCUGAGCAGGAGACGCUGGUGGAUCCACCAUCAGAGGAGGUCACGCCCAAACCUGCACCGGUUCCUGCUCCCCGCCUCUCGUUCCGCUGCACUGACAGACCCCCGCUCCUAACUGCUGACCAGCAGGAGGAGACACAAGAAGCAACAUCCGACCAGGAGACAGCAGAAUCUAAAGAGGACUCCAGUUCCCACAGUCCACCUGGCUUCUUGUACAAGGGGGUGGCGCUGGAGAGCCAUGCAGCAUCUGAAGAGGGCCUUCUCCAGUUUGAACAGGGAGACGUCAUCCUGGUACUUGCUGACACUCAAGAGCAAGACGGCCUGGUGAGGGGGAUCAGGGAGGAGAGCUGGAACCAGCACACAGAUCUAGAAAAUCACUCUGGGAUCUUCUCGGAAAAACUCAUCAAGCCUGUUCAGCCAGAAUGAGGCAAUGGUCACUCCUCAGUCUGAAAAAUGUUCUUCUUUCACACAAGAGUUGUGGUCUCUCUCUCCCUCUCACACACUCACACAUACACGUACACACUCACACACAUGGAGGGAGUGAACCCAUAUGUUUUGGGUGCAGAUCCUGUACAAACAGAUGAGCGUGUCCCACACGGUUACUCACAUGCUAAGAUGUUGCAACAUGUGGAACAAAAGUGAAUGAGCUGCAGAACAUUUUGUAAGAGAUGUUUGGAAAAGUUACAGUAUUGACAGUAUUUUACUCUUUUUGUAUUUUAAAUGUCUUUCUACGAAACACUGUGAAAAUCUUUUUUAAAAUUGAUUCUUUAACCCUGUGAUAAA